AUGUCGUCUCAAGGAGAAUCAGCAACCACGAUCUUGUGUUCGUGUAAACAAACAAGAUUUCAUAUUGAGAAUCCGGUUUACCAAGAGCUCGAUAUUGAAGGAUUAAAUAUCACGGUUACAUCAUCGGUUAAAUCUGCUGUGAAACCAAAAGGAAAAUCUAAAGCAGAGGGUCUUGAAAUUUUAUCCAAUGCGAGUUUAAGACUUAAGGCUGGAAUAUGUUACGCGCUGAUUGGAAAAAAUGGAACGGGAAAAUCGACUUUGUUGAAGGCCAUUGCGGAGAAAUUGAUUCCAGGGAUUCCUGUACAGACCAGAAUUUCCAUCUUGCAACAAACAGAUGCAGAUUCAAAGGAGAGCGAUGAAGAGGGUAGUAGCGGAGAUGCUGGGUCUGACGAGAAAAAGGGAAGUAAGCUGUCAGUUUUGGAAGAAGUUAUUGACAGAGCUACUUCAAGAAGUGAAAUUCAACAUGAGGUUGAUAUACUGUCCAAGGCUGUAGACAACCAGGAAGAUGCAUUGACACCUAUCCGAGCUAUGCGGCAAGUACAGCAUGAAAGGUUGAAGAGAGAGCUAUUCGAAAAAGACAAGGAUGCUAGGCUCAGGAGUGGAACACGUGGUAUGGCAGCACGAAAAGCAUUGAUUGCCUUUGAGAAGACAGUUGCAGAUUCCGAGGAACGUAUCAAUCAGAAAAACGAAGAGAUAGAUGAAAGGACAAUCAAGGAGGAAACGGAUCUAGCAGCAGAACUUCUUGCAGAGUUGCAACUACAGCUAGAACCUACUCGACUUGCCGAUAUCGAGACGAAAGCACGAAAUAUACUCGCUGGUUUGGGAUUUCCCAAAGCAAAUCUCGAUAAACCAGUCAAUACCCUCUCUGGUGGAUGGAGAAUGCGCACAAAUCUCGCAUCUAUACUUCUUCAACCAACUGAUAUCCUAAUCCUCGAUGAACCCACCAACUUCCUCGAUCUCCUCGGAAUAAUUUGGCUACAAAAAUAUAUCAAAACGCUCAAAGAUUCCACCCCUAAUCCUCCAACCAUCGUAAUUGUCUCCCACGAUCGGGAUUUCAUCACCGCCACAUCCCAAGAACUUAUCAUCCUCCAAACCCAAACCCUCGCCUACUUCCGCGGUUCUCUGUUCACAUAUGAAUCCACUAUUCGCGAAAAAGCCCUUUACCUAACCCGUAUGCGCGAUGCGCAGGAAAAGCAAAAAUCGCACAUCCAACAAACGAUUCAACAAAAUAUCAAACAAGGAAAAGCAAGCGGCGAUGAAAAUAAACUUCGCCAAGCUAAAUCGCGACAAAAGAAAUUGGAUAAUAGGAUGGGCAUUGAAGUUAGUGCUAAAGGAACAAGAUUCAAACUUAAUCGUGAUCUAGCUGGCUAUCACUUAAAAUCUAGAGCAGAUAUUGAGAUUCCGCCUGAGGAGAAAGGUAUUUCCAUGAUAAUUCCUCUGGCUCCUGAUUUACGAUUUCCAGGACCAUUAAUCUCUUUGGAGAACAUCUCAUUUCGAUAUCCUGCUACCGGGUCUUCGAAAACAAAUGCGGCCGCCUCACCGUUCAUUCUAGAGAAUGUUAAUCUAACAAUCCACAUGGGUGAUCGAAUCGGCAUCGUAGGAUUAAACGGAAGUGGAAAAUCCACACUCCUUUCCCUCCUAACCGAAACAGCAAAACCCACCAAAGGAACCGUAACCAAACAUCCACGAUUAAGAUUAGCCUAUUACUCCCAACAUUCCGUCGAAGAUCUCCAAAUCCUCUCACACGGCACUCCUGACCUAACAGCCCUCUCUCUCAUGACGGCCGAUAUAUCCAAUCUCCUCAACGAGCAACAAAUCCGCAGUAUCCUCGGCGGCUUAGGCUUACAAGGUCGAAUCGUCUCCGAUGUUCCCAUUUCCAAACUGUCAGGUGGUCAACUUGUACGAUUAGCAUUAGCGAGAUUAGUGUGGAAGGAACCGCAAUUAUUAGUUUUGGAUGAGGUGACGACGCAUUUGGAUUUUUGGACUGUGAGAGCGGUAGGGGAGGUGAUGAGGGGGUGGAAUGGUGGAGUUGUGGUGGUUAGUCAUGAUCGGUGGUUGGUGAGGAAGGUGGUGGAGGGGUGGAGGGAGGGUGAAGAGGAGGAGGGAAGUGAGGAUGAGGAUGAAGAAGAUGAGGAACAGAGGAGGAGAUUGGUUUAUGUGGUUAAGGGUGGUGGGGUUAAGGUGCUGGAAGGUGGUGUGGCGGAGUUUGAGAGGAGUUUGGAGAAGAGGGUUGAGAAGUUGAUGAAAUGA